AUGGGCAAGUACAUGAGGAAGUCCAAGUCCGCAGGGGAAAUGGCAGUCAUGGAGGUUUCACACCCACACCCACAGUCACAAGCCUCUCUCGGAGUUUGCACCCGAGCCAAAACCCUAGCUCUCCAGAGGUCGUCGGCUUCACCUGUCACCUCCGGCUCCUAUCUUCAGCUCCGGAGCCGCCGCCUCGAGAAGCCUCCGAUUCUCUUGCCCAAACGGCUCGAGCCCAAGAGGCAGAAACCCAAGGCUAGUUCUAAUUCUAGGGCGACUUCGAGGCUUGGAGUCCAUGGUUCGGUGGCCAAGGCUCAGGGCCAGAAGGCUGAGGAGACUGAUGAAAUGGCGCCGAAAGAGGAAGAGGGUCAAGAAAAGAAUGAGCACAAUAACACCAACAACAAAGAAAAUGGCGAUUUGGGUGUCGAAGAAGCUUCCUUUGGAGAGAAUGUGCUCGAGCUUGAAGGUAGAGAGAGGACCACAAGGGAGUCAACGCCUUGUAGCUUGAUAAGGGAUCCAGACACCAUCAGAACCCCUGGUUCUACUACCAAGCCUACUAAUUCAGCUGAAGCAAAUCAGAGAAUACAGAGCUCAUCGCAGAGGCACAUACCAACAGCACAUGAUAUGGAUGAGUUCUUCGCUGGUGCUGAAGGAGAGCAGCAAAGACAAUUCAUUGCGAAAUACAACUUUGACCCUGUGAAUGAUAAACCGCUCCCUGGACGUUAUGAAUGGGAGAAAGUGGAUCCUUAG